UUCUACACCUCACCACUAUCACGCAACGAAUUUGCAUAAAAUAAACUUUGAGCCAGACAAAAGCGCGCACGGCCUUUCCUAUUCUAGUAAAGUUAGUAACUUUUCUGUAUUUUUGGUUGCUGAACUGUUCCUCCGCUGGCAGAUUCCUCCCUUUUCCGCUGCGGGUGAAAAUGCACAAAGCAGGCCAACAACAAGCGCUGGUGAAGUCCAUUAAAAAUCGAAUUCAAGUGUUUUGUUUGUCCGGUGCGCUCCUCGUCGUGAUUCGCAUAUAUUUACCGCUGCAAAUUCGAAACCGAAAGUAAAAUCCGCAAGCCAGAGAAUCUGUAAAUUAUUCAAAAGUGUUGAGCCAACAACAAGUCAUAAGUGCGAGUGUGUGUGCGAGGGAGUGAGCUUAUCAAAAGAGUUCAAUGGAGACUGCGCCGGUAAUUUCUGGGCCACCUUCAUUUCAUUUCUUCUUUAGCAACAACAACUGAACGCGGAGAAACAACAAAAACAACUGUAAAUAGCCGCUGCCCUUUGUAAGGCGCCUUAUAAAAACAAGUUGCAAAAUAAAGCUAAUGGAAACAAUAGCUGCAAUGAAGAAAACGUAAUAAAAUUGGUUUAAUGCAAAGAACUAGAGACUAGACCAACUUUGCCACUCGGCUAAAAAGAAAAGCCAGAAAAGCCUUCAGACUGGAGGCCUCACUUACUCUGAAGCGCAUUUUUGCUCGCAAAAUUGGCUACAAGGCAAAGUCAAAGUCGAUUUUAGCGGCCAUGCGCACGAAACACCUAAUUCUGAUACUAAUCGGAGUUAUAAUCGCCACGAUCGUCUUCAUCGCAUUCGGACCAGCCGGCGAGCUCGUCGUACAGACGCACCAGCAGUUCAAAGAGUUUCAGGAGAACCUUCGCGUUGGUUUGGAACCCAAAAAGCUCGACAUAGACCCGAAAUAUUUGCUAUUACUGGGCUUCACCACACCAAAGGAUGCCUCAACCCAACAACAGCAGCUGGAGCAGCAGGACACGGGGGCUAUCGGGUCUUCGCAUCAAAUCCUGCGAAAAACAGAUUUUUCAGCGCCGGCCACCAAGGCGGAACUGGAGCUCAUCGAGCUGCGAGGACUGCGACGUCCUCAAGACGUUGUUACCUUCGGUGGCCAGGCAGCAGAUCGGGGCCAAUGGGGGCAGCGCAAGCGAAUUACGACGCCGUACAAUGGUACAAAGAGCAACUUUACCAUCGUCACGUAUGUGAUGGAGGGACAGGCGGCCUCUGCCAUCAUAUUGGCCCAAAACAUUGCUGCGAAGCUGCCCACCGAAUACCUGCUCAUCUAUGAUUUGGGUGUGUCGGAAGUGCAGCUACGGGACUUGGGCGCCUACUGCAACAACAGCCGGUGCUCGGUGAUAACGUAUGACCUGUCGGAGUUCCCCUCCUUCGUCGGCGAUCAGAGGACGCACGCCUACCGACCCAUCGUCAUCAAGGACGGUUUAAUGCGUGCCCGGUCAGUUCUCUUUCUAGAAAACUACAUGCGGGUGCGGGGCGGCUCAGCCCAGCUGCAGAAUCUGCAGAACAUAGUUAUGAACCCAGAAGUAAGGAGAGCAGGUGUGAAGAACGCGGGUGUCCUUGGCUGGAACACACCCACAGCGGUGUCCUCGCUGACGCACCCCAAAAUGUUCGACUACUUCGCCUCGAAAGCUGAGGAAUUUAACUUUCUGCGGAUGGUCGAUCUGGAUGCGGUCUUUUUCUCGGACAGUCCUUUAGUAAGCGAGAAGAUCAUGCUGCCCUGGCUGAAGUGCUGCCUCACCCUCGAGUGCAUCGAUCCAAUCGGUGCCCAAUCGAAUGGCUGCAAGUUCAACAAAAAACCACUGUACCGAUACUCCGGAUGCCACGGUUACGAUGCGUCCGCCUUCAACAUUGUGCUGGGUCUCACCUCGCAAAUGGACAACUCGGAGUACUCGCUGCCUAGCGAUAGUCCCCGGAACAUGUUCUACAAAGAGACAUUGGAACAGGCCACCCGGAUACUAGAGAGCCGGCGGCGCAACAGCAGCGAGACAUCCGACCAUCCGUUCACGGACGACUGAACAGGACAAUCUGAGAUAAGAAACGAUGGCGUGGCCAAAGCAUUUGGAUAAAACGUUUUCUACCGUCACACACAUACGGAGACACACUCAGGAGCCGGCGGAUCAAACCAAGAUUAGUGGGAAUUUAAUAAAAAAAUUUGAGUUCCCAAAAUGUAAGAGCUAACGCGAAUGCGAUUCCCAGUUUAGCAGAGAUUGAAAGACGAUUUGGUGUCCAAGACAAGACCAGAAAUGAACAGACCAGAGCACAGUAAUUUAGAGAAACGUUGGGAUGUGCAGCUUAUCAAUAUUUAUAACGAUUUAGUCAAAACCUAGUUACUUAUUAAACGAAAUCUGCAUGAAUAUCUGUGUGACUGUUUCCAUGUUUUUGCUGCAUCGAUAUUUGUAAAUACCCUACUUAGUUAACUGCCCCAACUGUAAGUAGAUAAGAAAAUCAAAUGGCAUACAUUUUGUGAUUGUAUUUUAUAGUUACUCACGCAUAGACAAACAUAUACAGUAUAAUAAUAUAAAUAUAAUGUAACUAUCCUAGAACAAGAUGAGCCAAAAAAGUAAGAUUAAUAAAAUUCUGAAUAACUAAUACCAA